AUGAAGUUAUUAUUGAUAUCCGUAUUGGCGCUAUCGUCAGCCAUAACAGCAGAUCCCGCUGUUAUAUUCAGUGGACUAUUGCCACCGCAGCUAACUUCUGCUGCCCUGGUAGCGCCCGGUGCUGCUCAACUUAUUCCACCAGUCGCUCCCUUACCCGCAAUCUCCGCUUAUAGUCCACUGGCCUCAUAUUCUGCAGUAGGACCAAUAUUAUCAGAUUAUAGAUACAGCUAUAGUUCAUCUUACCAGGACUAUUACCCAGUAGUUAACUCAGCAUUAACUCUACCAUACAGUUCGAUACCUUACGCUUACUCUGCUGACUGGUUUUAUCGAAAGUAAAUAAUAUAUGAACUAUGUCAAUAAUAUAUUUUAAUUAUGGUAAAACUGAUCCAUUGAUAAUGUUUUUUUUUAAAUUGUUGUUUUUAAUUAAGUAGGUGAAAAUAAAAUUAUUAAAGCAAGUUGCUCUUGAAUUUUCAUUAUUUUAAUGCUAUCAAGAGAACAACGAAUCACGAGAUGCUGAAUUCGAUCACCCAGUUUGCCUAGCCUUGAAUUCCUUUAAAUAUAUUUCAGUACUAGCCCAGAGUUAGAAAAUUAACGAUCAUUUUUUAUUGUGGGAUGUUAUAAAAUAUUUUCUUAGUAUUUAUUUAAUUCUAGCUGUUGCCCGCGACUUCGUCUGCGUUUGAUUUUGU